CGCAUCGCCAUCUCCUUGCUCCACGACCAUGUCCUCGCUCAGCAAGAAGCAAAGCUUGGAGCCAGACAAGGACAGCAAGGUCUCCCACGACCAUGUCCAGCUCAACACCUCGGACGCACCAGAAGAGGCGCCUCACUACCAGGGCGCGACAGUGUCCCUGCAGCACAACGUCAAUGCCAUCUUGCAGAACCCGCUUGCGGGCAUUCCCCAGGACCAACUGAUGGUCGACGUCAGGGCGUUUUGCAACAUGGCCGGCCUCAUGGCGCACCUCGACGUCUUUGAGCGCGCAGCCUUGGUGGCGCAAGAGCCAGAGAGCUGGGACAGAGUGCCGGACCUCUCGCCCGAGGAGAAACGUAGCCUGACGCGCGAAGUCACACACCGGUGGUCGCUCCCUGGCCCGCUCUGGCUCCUCGUCUUUGUCGUUUCGCUAGGCAGCGCAAUCCAGGGCUGGGACAACACCGGCGCAAACGGAGCAAACCUCUCGUUUCCACAGGAAUUUGGCAUCGCAGACAAUGCCUGGCUCGUCGGCUUCCUCAACUCGGCGCCCACGAUCUCGGGCCUCGUGAGCGCAUGGCUCUGCGAUCCCGUCAACAACCUCAUCGGCCGCAAGAAGACCAUCUUUGUGACCGGCCUCUUCACCGUCUUUCCCGUCCUGGGACAGGCCUUUACCCAUACCUGGUGGGAGCUGGCCAUCUGCAGGCUCCUUCUGGGCGUGGGCAUUGGCUGCAAGAUCACGACGAUCCCCAUCAUGACGGCCGAGUGCGUCCCUGCGUCGAUCCGCGGCGGGCUGGUGAUGAGUUUCCAGCUCUUUGUCGCCUUUGGCAUCUUUAUUGGCUUCUGCUCCAACAUGAUCUUCUAUGGCGUCGGCAAAUUGGCCUGGCGUUUCGAGCUGGCAGCCGCCUUUGUCCCCGCCGUGCCCCUCUGCAUACUCAUCUGGUGGGUGCCCGAGUCGCCCCGCUGGCUUCUCAAGAAGCAGCGGUACUCGGAGUCGUUCCUCAGCUUCUGUCGUCUCCGCCACACGCCCUUGCAAGCCGCUCGCGAUCUCUACAGCGCACACGUGCAGGUGGAGCUGGAAAAGGAGACCGUCAGCGCCUCGUCGUACGGCAAGCGCUUCGUCGAGCUCUUUACCAUCCCGCGCGUGCGGCGAGCCACGCUGGGCGCCUUUAUCGUCAUGAUCGGACAGCAAAUGUGCGGCAUCAACAUCAUGGCCUUCUACAGCAGCACCAUCUUCUCCGAGGCUGGCUACUCUACCAAACAGGCCCUGGCUGCCUCGCUGGGCUUUGGCGCAGUCAACACCCUCUUUGCGCUUCCUGCCGUCAAGACGAUUGACACGUUUGGACGACGGAGCUUGCUCCUCUUUACCUUUCCCAACAUGGCCUGGUGUCUGUUUGCCGCCGGCGCAACCUUUACGAUGUCGACAGACAACGCUGCACGAGUGCCCCUUCUCGCCUUUUUCAUCUACCUCUUUACUGCCUUUUACUCACCGGGGAUGGGCCCUGUGCCGUCUGUGUAUGCCAGCGAGAGCUUCCCCCUCUCGCACCGAGAGAUGGGCAUGGGUUGGAGCAUCUUUGUCAACAACUUCUUCUCGACCAUCCUCAGUCUCACAUUCCCCUCGAUGCUCAAGACGAUGGGGCCUACGGGUGCGAUUUGCUUCUACGGCGGCCUCAAUGUUCUGGCAACGGUCAUGGUGUUCCUGGGUCUCCCAGAGACAAAGCAGAGGACGUUGGAAGAGCUCGACUACGUCUUUGCUGUCCCCACCUCUCGCCAUGCCUCGUACCAGUGCCGCACCUGGCUGCCCUGGUUCAUUAAGCGCUGGAUCUUUUGGCAACGCAAUGCUGCCAUCCCUCCGCUCUACCAUUUUGCCGAACACGCUUCGCAAGGCGCGACUGUCACGAGGCUGGCGAAGGAUUAGUGUGCU